AUGGAAACUUCGUCGCCCUCAGCUCCUCCGACCGUCCCCGGCUGCCGCACGCCCGCCGCCCACACGACGCCCGCGAUGGACACUUGCCCCGCCCUCGCCCACACUCCGGCCGCCCGCACGACGCCCACACCCAACACGCCCGGGCACACGACGCCCACGAUGCGUUUUCCUACCACGCCCGCCCGCCAUCUAGGCCUACCGCCCUACGCCACCCCCGCCCACCCUACGCCCGGUCACGGCACGCCCGCCCACGCGCUCCCAUUCCCUCCAGGACGCCCACAGAGCGCGCCCUCAUUCACGGACAGGCCACCCUCCUGCGUCUUCAGGAGCGGGGGAACCAACAACCUAAACGCGACAGGGAUGGGCGUGGCAGGCGUGGGCGUGGCAGGCAUGGGCGUAGCAGGCAUGGGCAUGGGCGUGGCAGGCAUGGGCGUGGCAAGCAGGUCCGGUGGGUCCAGCUCGAGCUCCCUGAUGGGCGUGGGCGCGGUGGAGGUGCAAGGUGGGCUGGGUGGGCGUCUCGCUAGGGUGCUGAGGAGCGUCCCGGCCUCCGCCCUGAGUGGGGGGCAGUGGGCGCGGCGGGGCACGAGCUCGUCCUCCAACACGCCCGGUCCCUCCACCUCGCACUCCACCUACUUCCACACCUCAUCCUCCACCCUCCUGGACUCCUUGAGGAAACCAGGCCAGUCGGGAGAGAGAAAUGUCGACUCUAUGACCACAGGGAAUAGAGCUCGGAAUAGCUCAACGCUCGCCUUGCCGCCUCCACAACCCCGCGUCGGAAGCGCGACCCUCGCCCUAACGCCGGGGGACAAUAAGGACGACGGUCGGCUGGAGGUUUUCGGAGGACCACGUGGUCUGCCGAGGAAGAGACGCGCCCCAGGGCAAUCCCCGGCGGCUCAUGGCAGGAGAUCCUCGUCCUCCUUCUCUGCCUCCUCCUCCUCCUCCCUCGGGAUGCCCCAGCCCGAAGGAGGCGCUCGGGAGGACCUGUGGGGGAACGCCGAGGGGGACAUGGCGGAGCGCGUCCUCCAACACUCCGGUCCCAUCCCUCGCACAUUACCCACCUACUUCACACCUCAUCCUCCACCUCCGUGGCUCUUGAGGAAACCAGGCCAUCGGCAGAGAAAAUGUCGACUCUAUGACCCACAGGUGAUAGAGCUCGAAUAG